CAACUGCCGCAUGGAAUCGAGCGGUAGACUGGAUUCUUUAACGGGGAAAAGACAGUGCAAUACGCAGGAACAUGACGCAAUUAGUUAUCGCCGACGUCAUGAUUACAUACUAUCCUACGCCAGGGGUGCGCCAUGUUCUCACGAACUCAAGAAGGAAUUCAAUUCUCCACAACUCCACAUUCCCCAACAAACUAGCUUCAGAAAGAAAAUAAAAAUGCCUAGUUUUAUCGUCAUUGCUGGCGCAUGAUAGCCUUCAACCGCUGUAUAAAAGGCCCUUUCAAAUAAAUCGCUUAUUCAGUGUCAGUCUGUUAACAGCUUCACCGCUUCGCGAAAACCUUCACUUUCAGACUUCCAAAUUCUGUAAAGUUUGAAUCAACUGCCUUUUGUUAGAAUGGGGGAGAAGAGAGUGUUGUUGCCGGCGAGUGAAGUUGAUAUGACGGCUGUCAAGUAUACGCCUCAAAGAAUUCAAGGUCCACAUCUGACUGGAUUUUGGUUGAAGCUAUUUGUAUUGUUGGCUGAAGCACCGAUUAUUGGUUCAAUUAUCAUGAUUCUCUUGAAGAACAAGAACCGAAAAACGGAGAUGCUGAAGAAUACUGUCAUACCAGAGGAUCCCAUGUUUAAACCUGAGUUUCCUCCUCAAGAGUCAGAACCUGCUGUUGUUUGCCUGGAAGAAGAUGGAAAACCUGAAGAACGCGUUGAGUUAGCCUUGCAGUGUCUUCCAGAUUACAAUCCAGGCUGUAUUCAGAUUGCUGAUUCAAGUGCACCAUUCCGCUAUUGGAAGAUCCGUGAUUAUGCAUAUGCUUACAGGUCGAAGCUUACAACUCCAUCUCAGGUAGCAGAGCACUUCAUCUCAGCUAUAGAAGAGUUUAACAAUAAGAAUCCACUGGCACCGCUACUGAUUUCUUAUGAUCCUGGUGAAGUCAGAAGCCAAGCUGCUGCUUCCACACAAAGAUUUAAAGAAGGAAGUGAAUUAUCAAUCCUGGAUGGUAUCUUUAUGGCUGUUAAGGAUGACAUAGAUUGCUGUCCCCAUCCAUCAAAAGGUGGAACAACUUGGUUUCACGAGGUUCAUGAAGUGAAGAAGGAUGCUGUCUGCGUCUCAAGAUUACGAAGUUGUGGUGCAGUUUUGGUUGGGAAGACAAAUAUGCAUGAAUUGGGCCUUGGAACAACUGGAAAUAAUGCAAACUUUGGGACAACAAGAAAUCCACAUGCUCCAGAUAGGUACACGGGCGGGUCUUCCUCAGGUUCUGCAGCUAUUGUAGCUUCUGGAUUGUGUUCUGCUGCACUGGGAACAGAUGGAGGAGGUUCAAUUCGGAUUCCUUCUUCCCUUUGUGGUGUGGUGGGAUUGAAGACAACAUAUGGAAGGACUGACAUGAAAGGAUUGCUAUAUCGUGGUGGAACAGUGGCAAUUGUUGGUUCUAUCACAGCAACUGUUGAGGAUGCCAUACUGGUGUAUGCUGCAAUUUUAGGAUCCUCUCCUGCUGAGAGAGUUUCUUUGAAACCGGCUCUCCCUUGUUUACCAAAUUUAACUUCAUGUGAGAGCUGGUACGCUGUAGGAUCACUGCGCCUGGGGAAGUAUACUGAGUGGUUCAAUGAUGUUUUCUCAACUGAAAUAUCUGAUAAGUGUGAGGAUAUUCUUAAUCAGCUAUCGGAAAAACAUGGGUGCGAAACGAUAGAGGUUGUAAUACCAGAGUUGCCUGAGAUGCGCACUGCACAUAUUGUUUCUGUUGGCUCUGAAGCACUAUCUGAGCUGAAUCCUGACUUUGAGGAUAGGAAAUCAGCAAGAUCAACAUAUGAUACUCGGUUAAAUCUGGCACUUUUUCGAACAUAUACAGCAUCGGAUUAUGUUGCUGCUCAGUGUCUUAGGCGAAGGUUAAUGUAUUACCACAUGGAAAUUUUCAAGAAGGUGGAUAUCAUUGUGACACCUACUACUGGCAUGACAGCACCCAUAAUAUCACCAACUGCUCUUAAAGUUGGAGAGACCAAUUUGAGCGUUUCAGGAAAUCUUAUGAGGUUCGUAUUAGCAGGAAAUCUUUUGGGCUUUCCUGCAAUUUCUGUGCCUGUUGGCUAUGACAAGCAAGGACUUCCUAUAGGUAUGCAGCUCAUUGGGCGUCCAUGGUGUGAAGCAUCCAUUUUGCGCUUGGCGGCUGCCAUAGAGGAAACUUGUGCAGGGCCAAAGAAGAAGCCGGUGCAGUUUUAUGAUAUUUUGAAAGGGAACCAGUUGUGAAGUUUACGUUCUCAAUUUACAUAUUGAUGAUGGCUCUCAUGCAUUGGUGAUUUCAGAACUCACGUAACUUUUAGAAGUGGUUCAUUUGCUGUAAUUGUAUUGAUCCUACUGUAUAACUUUUCUUGCCAAAAAGUCUUGCUCAUAUGCUAAACUAGGGGCAUUCUCUCAUGAGGUUCCUAGUUACAUCUCCUAGUGACUGCAGAAAAGUAUCCUUCCUCUAAUGUGGAAAUGAUAUUUCCAAUUGACCUUAGUUUCA